CAUGCAGAACGAUACAGCAAUGCGCGGGGAAAAGGAGGCAGGAGAGACAGCCACGUGACUCGGCGACCUCCACGCGAGCUUUCUGGGGAUACCACAGGGACCUAAAGUGCUUUAUCCUUCACAAUACGCGUCGCGCGUAUCGUCGAGUUUCGGGCCCCUCCCUGGACCAAAUGUGCAUCUGCAUCUGCACCUGCACAUCAACCUCGAGCAUCACAAGGCGAAGGCGCACGGUGCCAUGCGUUAUUCAUACGUUCAUGUCACUCCGCCCGGUUGGAUCUGGAUUCACCUCAGACAGCAUCGUCUACAAUGAGCUCCCCAGCCUGGACUGUCCACCCCACUCAUAAUACCGCGCCGGUCCUUGAAUUCCGCUGCCUAUUCACACAAGAUCUCCGACGCAAGCAGAAACGGUGGCAGGAUGGGCGGCUCAAGUUCCAUACCUUCAACAAGCGGGUUAUGGUCUAUGAUGAGAGAUCCAACUUCGUGGGCGACACACAUUGGCGCGAGGACUCGGAGUUCAAUGAGGGAGAGGAACUGGAGCUGGAACGAGGAGGGAGCCUUGUUCAAGUUGGGGAAUGUAUCGGGAAGAGGGACCAGGACCUUUCCGAGUUGGUGGACAAGAGAGUGAAGGAGAGAGAAGAGAGAGUCGCGGCGAGGAUUGCUGGCGCAUCACCCUCCCGGCCCCAAGCUUCACCUAUUCGGCCUCAGAACUCAACGCCUGUCGCAGCACUGUAUCCAAGGCCCAAACCGUUAAAUGAAGUUCUUGGGACCCCUACAGGACAUUAUGGCAGAGCUACGGUAUCGAACUUAUCGCCGUUCGAACAGAAGCACCAAGGCAGCCUAGACGACAACAUAAACCACAGGCCUGCCAAAAGGCAGAAACAGAACCAUCUUGCUCCGAGCAAGAAUGGCUAUGCCCAAAACCUCACAGGUGCUACAUUAACUCUAGCAUCAACAAGACCACCUAGCACACCAACGAUUCGUUACGAGCCCUUGAGACCAAGUAUCCAGCGUCCACAAGCAGAGACUAUUGAUCUUACAAAGGAAGAAGGAGAGGGUGGUGGGAUGGGUCGGAGAGCUAUCAGAGACGAGAGCUCCUCCCGGAAAAGUCCCGGUAGGGUACAAAAGCGGAAAUCAAACAGAUCCUCUCCUAAAAGAAGCGGGUAUGCUAGAAACCUUACUGGGGCGGCAUUGACUUUGACUGGAAUGGAAGCAUUCGCAUCGAAGAGCUCAGCGACUAAUCUAGCCAUAUCUACACGGAGUUCAGCUUCAGUUGACCUGGAGGACGAUUGCGCCUCAUCCCCAUCGGAGGAUGGCUUCGUGGUGAUUGAUGGAUCUAGCAGAACAACAACAACUAGAACAGUCACAAAACCAAAGCAGGCCAGCAACGCAAGGGUUUCUGAAGCAGAUUUGCCACGAAACCCCUCUCCAUCUUCCUCCACCUCGGCAAUAGAUUCAUCUAUACCAAAAUCUGCUCCAAAAUAUGCCCCUAAACCGAUCGUGAGCCAUGAAAACAAAACUACCAAAAGCUCACCUGCAACCGGUUUGACAACCGAACAACCCGUCACUGCCUUACGGAUCAAGUCUAGACCGCCACGGAAAAUGAUGAUGUUAAUGGAACCUCCAAGAUCUCGGCCAUCGACCUCGGGCGAAACCUCGAAAAAGAGCAAGAAGAUGCCUAAAGAAGGCUUGAAAUGUGCACCACCAUCUGAUGAGGCAACUCCUCCUGAAGCGCGAGAACGAUUAAAUUCACACUGCAAGAAGCAAGGAGAAUUCUUGGAACCGGAUGACGAACAACCUAGUUUGGACUUGGAUGAAUUCUCAUCCUCUCCUAUCGAUAGUGGGAUUGAUCACAACAUGCAUGACAACUUCUUAUCACGAAGAAAGCCAUCCGCAGGCAAAGCGUAUUCGAUAAUUCCUUCUGCUCCCACCCACAGUGUUGGGUCCCUCGAGAAGCCAACAGAAAUUCCAAAAGUCAUAGAAGGAAUGGAUGAGAAUAUCCCAACAGCUGGGAAGUUAAACCGCACCAUUAACUCAGUGCAUGAUGCCACGGAUAAGGGCCUGCAUGUACCGUCUCAACCUGUCAGCAUCAUUGUCAAUUCAAGUACUAUGACGGAGAAGAGUAUGGGGACUGGCAAAUCCGAUAUCGAUGGAUCAACAUAUGCUCAGAAAGGAGAGAUUGUACCACAGACAGACGUCCACGCUGCUGAUGACACUGCGAGGAUAUCGCUACAAGACUCGAUUUCCACUACUGUUGGGGGCAAGAAUACGACACUUGCCAAGAAUACCAGCUCCGCUGCAGAUGAGGCAAAGACAACGAACUCCAGUGUCUCUGCUACCUUGGAGUCAGAGAUGGAAACGAUGGGUAAAUCAAACUCACCUCUGCGGAAGGAAGCACUACUAAAACUGGGCCGCCUUCCGGAUGAAAAUACUGAGGCACGCCUGUCAAAGCCUCAUGUUCGUGUUGAGGGCCAAGUACUUGUCGAUGAACCUAACGAUACAAACCAGCCAGCCCCGGGAACUGGCGAACCUGAGGCGGCAGGAUCAUCAACGGCACCGGGAGAUCUUGGAAUUACGGAGAAUGGGGGGACUGUUCCCACUGUCUCGACUGUAACCAGAUUGGAAAAUGCCUCCCAGGCAACUGACCAUUUUCAGGGAAGUGUCAAGGUUUCAGUCACUCAACCGAAUGGAACUGAUCAGCGAGUCCAUCCUCACUGGCAAGAAGCUAGAAACAUCGAAACGGUCUCGAGCGAGGUUAUGAUUAAACCUUCACCUAAACCUUCGCCCACGAUAGCCAUGUCAGACAUCGAUGCCAGCGCUGAAGAAAGAAUUACUGGCUUCAACCCUGCCAAUGGCAUGGAGCAGACAGCAGAAUCCACAACAAUAAUUCCACCCAAAGCGAGAGUCAUAAAUCCUGCAACACGGGGCCCAUCAAUCAAAGUUAUGGCCAACAAGACGAUUGACACAAUGGCUCCUCCUGCAUUCAACGUGAUGCCAAAGAUGCCUCCACCUCCUCACAGUUCAAGUUCAACAACCCGACAAGAGACAGUAGUCACGACAGCAGAAGAAAAGCCUGGAAUCGCUGGAUCGCUUGCGGAGACGCAGGUUUGCGGACCUUGGAGUCGGGAAUCUUUCGAUUUAUUCGGUUCUUGGAAACCUCCACCCGGGAGAGCUUCAAUGAAUGCAUGA